UUCAAUAGAAGUGUUUCUUCUCUGCGUGUACUUUUUCAUUUCUUCACUUUAAUCCUCCCUCUGCCUCUGCCGCUUUCUCUUCUCCGUCCGAUUAAUUGCCGUCGUCACCAAUACACCCUCUCACCGUCGUGCGAAGCAAAGCUGCAACCGUCCUUUGUGCUAGCUCCUUCGUUUCCUUACUUUGAGUUUUACUCUCCAACCCAGGUAACCAAAAAUUCAAUUGAAAACCCUAGCCUUGCUCACUGUAACUGAAAUUUUCCAUUGCCAUUUCCAAUUUUGCAGCUUUACAAUGAGGUACGUGAAACCCUUUGAGUUGUUUCAUGAUUUGAUGAAAACAACACAGAAAGAACGUGGGAGAUUGAUGGGUUUAGAUGUUGGCGAUAAAUAUGUUGGUCUAGCUCUUUCUGAUUUCGAUAACAAAAUUGCUUCACCUUUCAGUGUUCUCCUCCGGAAGAAGAAUAAUGUUGAUUUAAUGGCUGAUGAUUUUAAGAGUCUGAUCUCUAGAUAUUCCUUGAAGGGAUUUGUUAUUGGCAUUCCUUAUAGUUGGCAUGAGGUGUCGUCUGAUGCUUGUCAAGUGAAUGUCUUCAUUAAUAACCUCCAUAGAACAAACAUGCUUGAAGGUUUAAACUAUACAUUCUGGAAUGAGAGCUUCUCGUCAAAGAGUGUAGACUUAAUAAUAAAGUCUUUGAACUUUAAACAUCCAGUUCAUUCCAAAACUAUGCUAGACAAGUUUGCUGCUGUAGGAAUACUUCAGGGGUACCUGGACUACGCUAACAAAAAAACAAAGCUGAUAACACCGGACCAGAGUAUGACUACUUAAUAGUGUAGAGGCAUGCACCAGAAAUCAAAUAACAUCUAGAAACAAUUGAAUUUUAAGGUAGUGUGGUGGACAGGACAAACAAUUUAACAUUUUCGGAUUUUAGGAAAAUUUGUUAGUUUAAUAGAAGUUACAAGGAAUCCCUUUUUUUUUUUUGUGACUGAUUUCUAUCCUCUUUCAUCCAAUUCUUGAGUUAGUAUAGCUCUACAUCUUUGAGGUGUAUAAGUCACUCUGCUGAUUCUGGAUGUUUUCUAUUUCAUAAUGAUCAUUUUUUUUCUCCUCA